AUGAUCAACAACAGCAACAGCAGCAACAGCAGCAACAGCAACAGCGACCCAGUAAGGGCCGGGCUGCCAGCACGGCCAUGGCCAGGGCUACUCCCGACAUCCAAAUCAUUCGGCAACUUCGGGGAUGCAAACUGCAUGGAGCAGCUGCUAGUCCACUGCGCCAACGCGAUCCAGAGCAACGACGCCACUCUGGCCCAGCAGAUCCUCUGGGUGCUCAACAACAUCGCCCCUCCAGACGGCGACUCCAACCAGCGCCUCACUUGCGCAUUUCUUCGAGCACUUGUCGCGCGUGCCGCCAAGACGGGAACCUGCAAGAUCCUCGCCACCACCGCGGCCCGCUACUGCUACAACAACAACCUCCUCCCGCUCUCCACCCACCGCUUCUCCGCCAUCGAGCUCGCCACUUUCGUCGAUCUCACCCCCUGGCACCGAUUCGGCUUCACCGCCGCCAACGCCGCCAUCCUCGAUUCCAUCGAAGGCUACUCCUCUGUUCACCUCGUCGACCUCACCUCCACGCACUGCAUGCAGAUCCCCACCUUAAUCGACGCCGUCGCCUCCCGCUUCGAAUCCCCUCCGUUGAUCAAGCUCACCGUCGCCGCGCCCACCGACAGCAGCCUGCGCCCGCCCGUACUGGAUCUCUCCUACGAGGAGCUGGGUUCAAAAUUGGUCAACUUCGCCAGGUCGCGGAACGUCGCCAUGGAAUUCCGCGUGAUCCCUUCCACCCACUCCGACGGAUUCUCCACCCUCAUCGACCACCUCCGAAUCCACCACCUCCUCUACCCGGAAGCGACGCCGCCCGCCGCCGAGGCGCUGGUGAUUAACUGCCACAUGAUGCUGCACUACAUCGAGGACGAAUCGACGGCGACCAUCGCCUCGCCGUCGCCGAGGGACGCGUUCCUGAAGUCGAUCCGGAGCCUGGAGCCGACGGUGGUGGUGGUGGUGGACGAGGACGUCGAGCUGACGGCGGGGAACCUGGUGUGCCGGCUGAGGUCGGCGUUCAAUUACUUCUGGAUCCCGUUCGACGCGGUGGACGCGUUCCUGCCGGCGGCGGGGAGCAAGCAGCGGCAGUGGUACGAGGCGGAGGUGUGCUGGCGGAUCGAGAACGUGAUCGCGCAGGAAGGGAUGCAGAGGGUGGAGCGGGCGGAAGGGAAGGCGCGGUGGGUGCAGCGGAUGCGAAACGCUGCGUUUAGGGAGGCGGCGUUUGGGGAGGAUUGCGUGGCGGAGGUGAGGGGGAUGCUUGGGGAGCACGCCGCCGGGUGGGGCCUGAAGAAGGAGGAAGAGGAUCAGCUCGUGCUGACCUGGAAAGGCCACAAUGUCGUCUUCGCUACUGCUUGGGUUCCUGCUUAA